CCAUAGACGGGGUUUAACCUCUGUUCCUGAUUUAUGGACUACUUUUUUUACGCAUACCUUUGCGCACUCAUGCAUGCGCACAUGGAUUUAGUUUACACGGCGGAUUAAACGUUCAUUAGUUUUAGCCGGCUUUUUAUCUAAAUUUUGAAUGAUUGUGGAUCACUAAUCGUCCCGCAUCAUGCGUAAUGAUGAUGAUCUUUUGGGCACAGGAGCCCUCAGUCGUGUUGGAUUAAGAGUCCGUGACCCCCCACUGCUGCAGGACCAAGCACCCGUUUAUUCUUCCAAAUCACUUGGCCCUGUGUGCUGCUUUUGACUUGCCGGAAUGGAGAGCGAGCUGAGACCCAGGGUGUGCUACCUGAUCAAAACAGAACGCGGUUAUGGAUUCCAUCUUCACGGUGAGAAGAACAAAGGUGGGCAGUUUAUCCGAAGAGUGGAGCCCGGGUCUUCGGCUGACCUGGCCGGGCUGAGACCCGGGGAUCGAGUGGUGGAGGUGAACGGGGAGAAUGUGGAGAAGGAAAGCCACCAUCAGGUGGUGGAGCGUAUCCGAGAGGUACCUCACCGCACCAGACUGCUGGUAGUGGAUCGAAAUACGGAUGACUACCUCCAGAGUUGUGGCCUGUCUUGCACAGAGGAUUUAGCCAUCGAGAUGGGAACCCUCUCACCGCGUCCCUCACCUGGGCCCACACCAUCGACCUCCCCUGUGCCCCGAGCACUUUCACCCAAGUCCCCCAAGUCUGACGACAUUCUUCCUGCUGCAGAGUCACCCAUUCCCGCCAUCCUUCAAGGCAAAGUGAAGAGAUCCUCGGUGACGUCGAGUACUGUGACAGAUACAGAGACGGAGGCCUCACCAGAGCCAUCAACCGAGCUCCUUCCCCGCCUGUGUCAUCUGGUGAAAGGGGAACAAGGCUAUGGGUUCAACCUGCACAACAAUAAGGCAAAGUGUGGACAAUUUGUGCGCUCGGUGGACCCCCACUCACCUGCUGAGAGUGCUGACAUGCGGCCAGGAGACCGACUGGUGGAGGUAAACGGGGUGAACAUUGAAGGUCUGAAGCACUCUGAGGUUGUGGCACUCAUUAGAGCAGGCGAGCAACAAGUGCGCCUCCUGGUGGUCGACCAGGAGACAGACGAGCUCUUCCAUAGACUGGGGAUCACGCCCACUGCACGACAUGUCUACAUGGAUGAAACAGCUGCAGAAGCUGCCUCAUCCUCACCAUCGCCGACCAGUGACCACCUUUCCACCACAGAAGCACCAAUCAUACAUGUCACACUGACAGACACCGCCAUCACAAACAUGUCCCCUAAACCACGAGCCAAUGGGAGCUCUGCAUCCCAGUCCUCAACCAGCUCCACUACCCGAUCAGAGAUCAGUAGCUCUGACAUGAGCUUCCAGGUCCCCGAUGAGGAUGACAGGCGAAUUUCGGACCCUUUCUUGGAAAGUGGUCUCCGCUUGAGCCCUACUGCGGCCGAGGCGAAACAAAAGGCUCUAGCUGGGCGCAACAAAAAGAAGGCGCCCCCUAUGGACUGGAGCAAGAAACAGGAGAUCUUCAGCAACUUCUGAGUGCACAGAGCAGGAAGAAUGUAUGUUCAUGUAUGUCAGUACCAUGAACUUGCUCUUAACUGAAAGGCAAAGCCAUGAGCAAGUAAAUACCAAACACCAACAACCAUAGUGAUAGUGAUCAUUUAACUUGGUGUAUGUAAUAGACUGUAAGUCGUGUAUAUGGGCCAUUCCCCUGAUUUGGUGCAAUUUGCUUGUUGUAAUGUCUUUUUUCAAGCCAAAAUCUGAUAACACAUGUAUCGAACUACUCAAAAUGUAUGUUGGCCCGUCUCAGGGAACUUUAUUUUUUUUGUAUAAGUUUCCUAAAUCAAGAUAACUCAUUUAAGUAGGACUGAAAGCCACAGGAAUUACUUGUUAGCCGAGAAUUAGCCUUCCAAUGGACUACAGGGGAUCUGAAACUUUGUUUAUGGGUACCAGGACUGAGUGAAAAACCCAGGGACACGACUAAAGUGUAAAUUAAAAAAGAAAAAGAAAAAAAGAAAAUAUAACAUCCCUGAAGAAUUUAUUACAUUUAUUUAUAUUCCACGGUAAAGUCUAACUUGGGGGAUCGAGGACAGGCAACAAUGCAAUUUUUCCAGUGGUCAAGGUAGUUUAAAUUAUUCUGUUAAACUGUGUUAUUUUGAAAUUCUGCUUCAUAAAGAAAUAUAUAUGUUACAGUUAAUUUUAUUUGUGCAUUGACACAUUUCAUUUCCCCGGGGGGGCCACAAAUUGCACUGAUUCGGUGGAAUGGCACAUAUGCAUACAUUAUCUGCUCUGUGGAAUUUUCACACCCCACGCUGUAAAAUGAGGACAGACACACACAUCACUACAAAUGGUUCCCUGUGUGGGCCAAGAGGACUUAUACACAUUAACUGUAAAGCAGUCUUUAAGAUGUGCUCGUGUCUGUGUACUUGUGAUUUUAUCUGCAUGUCUGGUUCAGAUGUAGAUUUGUGUUGUUGUUGAAGCUUUAGAAGCUGUGCAUUUAAUGUAAGUGUUGAAAACAAAAACAAAACAUCAACAUAAAACAAAAUAUCAACAUAACAUCCGUGCUUCUCUUCAGUGUAAGACGUUUUUGUGGAAAGGGAAGAAUCUUCUGUAAAAGCUCGACGUUCGCUCAAUUGGGGGAAAAAAAAAGACAAGGUAGACCAUGUGAUCACUUUUCGAGAAACGUUCUCUGUAGCGUGCUUGUGUGUGUAAAAUGCUUGAAUUAAAUCAUCAAUAUUUUUUCAA